CGGGCGAGGGUCGGCCGCGGGGCAGCCCCGCCUUGGCUGCGGGCGCCGGGCGAGAGUCCCUGCCCGCCUGCGUUCCUUCCCUCCGGCCAGUCCCGGCUGCGGUCGUUCGUGGGAAACCCUUCCGAAUCCGACCCUAAAGGCUGCUUCCUGCGGCCCGCACGAGAGCCCUCGCCCAGUCGCCCCUUUCGCCCCGCGGCGACUACCCUGCCGGCCCCUUCGCGGGCGUCCUCUCGGGGGCCGCCGCGGGUCCAGGAGCCUCUGCGUUGGACGGCCGCUGAGCCGCCCGGCGGCAGCGGGGGCGACCCCUCCCCGGGGCUGCUCGUCGGGGGAACCCCUCGGGCGGACCCGUCUCCGGAGAGAGCGCCAGAGACCGGAACAACAUUGAUGGUAUCUUCUGAAACGUCUGUUGUCUGUAGUGGAGGAAUGGCAGCACUUGUGCUUCCAACGAAGAAUUCUGUUUCCUUUGAGGAUGUAGCUGUGUUUUUCUCGGUGGAGGAGUGGGCCCUGCUUGAUUCCAAGCAAAAAGCCCUGUAUCGAGAGGUCAUGCUGGAAAACGCAAGGAACGUGGCCUCCCUAGCAGGUGAUGGAUGGGAGAUGGAGGAUUCUGGCCAAGAGGCAGCAGAAACUUUGCCAAAAGGCCAAAAAGAAGUUGUGGAAAGGAUGUUUGGAAAGCAAAGGCCUGUGGAAAACCAGUUAAAAUGGGGGCUGGAGAAAUGCUCUACUUUUCAGUGUCCAGAUAUCAGUGUUUUCUUGGCAGGAGAGGAUCACCAAGAAAAAAGAGUGUGUCCAGGGUGUGGAAAAAUACUCAAAGAUGAAUCGGGAUUAUGCAAGUGUUGCAGAAGCCACUCUGCAGAGAAACAGAAUGAAAGCAGAAAAUGCUCCAGAAGGACAUUUCCUGUUACUUUACAUCAGAUAAUACAAGAAGGAGGGAAACCAUAUAAAUGCCAGGAGUGUGGAAAGAGCUUCAAUCAUUCAAGUUAUCUUACUUCCCAUAAACGGAUCCACACAGGGGAAAAACCAUAUGGAUGCAAGGAAUGUGAAAAGAGCUUCCAUUUUGCAACAAGCCUUAAUUCGCAUAAAAGGAUCCACACAGGGGAAAAGCCAUAUAAAUGCCAGGAGUGUGGAAAAUGCUUUACUAUGUCAGGUUCCCUCACCUACCAUAAAAGAAUCCACGCUGGGGAAAAACCAUAUAAAUGCACUGUUUGUGGAAAAUGCUUCACUAUGUCAGGUUCCCUCACUUCCCAUAAAAGGAUCCACACUGGGGAGAAACCAUACCAAUGCAAAAACUGUGCAAAAAGCUUCAGACAAAAAUAUCAUUAUACAGUACAUAACAGGAUCCACACUGGGGAGAAACCAUAUAAAUGCCAGGAGUGUGGAAAGUGCUUCCGUUCUGCAAAACACCUUAUUUCACAUAAAAGGAUUCACACAGGGGAGAAACCAUAUAAAUGCCAGGAGUGUGGAAAGAGCUUUAGUGAUUCUCAGGAUCUAACUUCCCAUAAAAGGAUCCACACAGGGGAGAAACCAUUUAAGUGUAUGGAGUGUGGAAAGAGCUUCCGUUCUGCAAAACACCUUACUUACCAUAAAAGGAUCCACACAGGGGAGAAACCAUAUGAAUGCCAGGAUUGCGGAAAACGCUUCACUAUGUCAGGUUCCCUCACUUCCCAUAAAAGGAUCCACACCGGGGAGAAACCAUACAAAUGCCAGGAUUGCGGAAAGAGUUUCAGAGCUUCAAGUUUUCUUACUUCCCAUAAAAGGUUCCACAUGGAGGAGAAACCAUAUAAAUGCACAGAGUGUGGAAAGUGCUUCACUAUGUCGGGUUCUCUCACUUGCCAUAAAAGGAUCCACACCGGGGAGAAACCAUAUCAGUGCAAGAACUGUGCAAAGAGCUUCAGACAAAAAUAUCAUUAUACAGUACAUAACAGAAUCCACACUGGGGAGAAACCAUAUAAAUGUCAGGAGUGUGGAAAGUGCUUCACUAAAUCAGGUUCCCUCACUUCCCAUAAAAGAAUCCACACGGGGGAGAAACCAUAUAAGUGUAUGGAGUGCGGAAAAAGUUUUAGAACCAGCAGUACACUUAGUCACCACAGGAGUAUCAACACAGGGGAGAAAUACAAAUGCACUGAGUGUGGAAAAUGCUUCACUAAUUCAAGUUGCCUCACUUUCCAUAAAAGAAUCCACGCAGGGGAGAAACCAUAUAGGUGCAUGGAGUGCGGAAAUACUUUCACAACCAGCAGUCAUCUUAGUCGCCACAAGAGGAUCCACACGGGGGAGAAACCAUAUAAAUGCAGUGAGUGUGGAAAAAACUUUAGACAAAUUAGUGCACUUAAUACCCAUAGAAGGAUUCACUCAGUGGAGAAACCAUAUAAAUGUAUGGAAUGUGGAAAGAGCUAUAGUAUUAGCGGUGAUCUUAGUUCCCAUAUGAGGAUGCACACACAGAAUCCAUACAGGGGAAAAACCGUGCAAGUAAGUGUAAGUUUCCGUGAUAGCAGAAAGUUUAUUUUCCAUAAAAGGAUCCACGUGGGAAAGAAACCAUAUAAAUGCUUGGAGUGCAGAAAGAGCUUCAGCACCAGCAGUGACUUCAGUUUAUCACCAAGGAUCCACACAGGAGAGAAACCAUAUAAAUGCUUGCAGUGUGGAAAGAGCUUCAGAACCAGCAGUGACUUUAGUUGCCACAAGAGGAUCCACACUGGUGAGAAAUCAUAUAAAUGUAGAGAACAAGGAAAAAAUUAUAACUGGGGCCUCCCUCUCUCUUUACAUCAAAGCACCCAUGUUGGAGAAAAAUCAUAUAAAUGCAUGGAGUGUGGGAAAAGUUUCAGUAAGAGCAGUAAUCUGAAUGCCCAUAAAAGAAUCCAUACAGGGGAGAAACCAUACAAAUGCAUGGAGUGUGGAAAGAGCUUCCGCAAGAACAGUAAUCUUACAUCCCAUAUAAGGAUCCACACAGGGGAGAAACCAUACAAAUGCAUGAACUGUGGAAAAAGUUUCCGGUGGAGCAGUAAUCUUACUUCCCAUAAAAAGAUCCACAUAGCAGAGAACCAUUUAAAUACAUGGAACGUGCAAAGACUUCACUAUGAUCAGUCACCUUACAGCUCAUAAAAGGAUCAUCUCAAGGGAGAAAGGAGAUAAAUGAAUAGAAUGUGGAAAGAGCAAGAACAGUAACCACAAUUCCCAUAAAACAACCCACUUGGGAGAAUCCCCAUAAAUGAAUGGAGUCUGGAAAUACUUUUAGGAUGAUCAACCACCUUAUUUUACAUAAAAGAGUCCACACAGGGGAGAAAAAACAUAAAUGCGUAGUGUGUGGAAAGCGCUGCAGUGACAUGAGUUCCUUUAUUUCACACAAAAGGAUCCACAAGAGGGAGAAACUAUACAAGGCUUGGAGUGUAGGGAGACUUCAUUAUGAUGGGCUGCUUUAGCUCCAAUAAAAAGUUCCAUUCAGGGAGGAAUCGUUUAUGGGCACUGAGUGUGGAAAAACUUCAGGGAUUCCAGUUCUGAGGUAAGCAAAAAGGUUGCGUGAGUUGAUGACGGACUAGAGAAAUCUCUGCCUGGUGUGAUUGAAUGAAGGAGAUGAAGGGGAAGACAAGAGAUAAAAUGUCUGGGAAGGAUCAAAGAGAUUACAGAAAAGUCCCUGAAAGCACUACAAGUCAGUCUUAGAAACAAUAUGGUUUUUUCUGUGCAGUAUCUGGAAUCUAGCCCACUUAACUAAUUGUAUUCAAUGAACAUUGUGUGGGUGUGUGUAUAGUGGGAUGCGUCAGGGAAGCAUAAUAAUCACACGUCCUACAUACCCAAUAGUGGGAAGGCUUCCCACUCCCCAACUAAUUACCUGUGAAUUGGGAUGAGGAAUUUCUUUAUAUCUGUUGCGAAGCGUAACCCUUUCAGAAAUAAAAGAUUGGGUGUCAUGUGAAAAUGACUGCAGACUAGGCUAUGAAUCCCAGC